AUGCAGUCAACAUUUGCGAUCGCCGAAACGGACUCAGAAAGGGAGGAAAGAUUGAAUGGGAGGAAACGGCCUAGGCGAACGGUCAACGCUUGUGUAAGAUGCAAGGCAAGGAAGCAACGAUGCGAUUUGCAGGAAUUCGAUCAUGGACCAUGCCGUGCUUGUAGGAAGUCCAAUGUUGAAUGUUUAGUCACCGAAAAGGUGAAAAAGUCAGCAUACCCCGAUGACUACGUUCACAGUCUAGAAACUCGGGUGGCUGAUUUGGAGAGUCACCUACAGGCUUUGAACCCAUCUGGCGGCUACGGCAAUGAUCACUGGGAUCAAUCUGCCAAUUCUACUUCUUCAUCCCCCAUUGCAUCAAGGGGAUGGGAAUCAACGACUGAUGACGGCGGUGAUGAAGAAGAACAAGUUGCACGAGGAAUUGCACUUCUCUCCCUCCAUGGUGCCGCAGAACCUCAUUAUGUCGGAGCUAGUAGUGGGUGGUCGUGGGCGAAGACAGUUCUAGGGUGGGUAACAUUUGUAGAUGUCAAUUCAUCGAGCUUGAUAAAUAAGCGCAAGGCAACUCCGACGUCCGGCCUGCCUUGCAUACCCUCACCUGCCGUUGCAGAUAUUUUAAUCCGAGCUGUCUAUGAACAUAUUCAGGCGCGGUAUCCUUUCCAAUGUUGGCGAAGUUUUAACGCCUGGCAUGCCGAUAGAGAUAGGUAUCUUGUAGAGGAACACAAAGUGGAGAGCGACCGGACAGCUGCUUUCUUCAUUUGGUCAGUGUUUCUAUGUUUAUACAUGAUAAAAGCGUUGAAUUUUCUUUCUGGAAGGCUGAUGUAUGCCACUGGAGCUCGCUUGCUUCAAUCUACUGCAUUGCCAGGGCUUCAUGCACCUGAGGUUUAUUACGCGAAAGCGAUGGAAUAUUUGGACAACAUUGUCACUCUUCACAAUCUUGCCAAUAUCCAGGCGUUCUUACUUCUAGCUGUGUACUCACUACGGUGUACAGAAGGGCCAAGUGUAUGGCACCUUGUAGGUAUAGCGUUGAGGCUGUCAAUUGAACUGGGUCUUCAUCGGAAAGCCAGUCGACAAGCAAGGUUAAGAGAUCCGUAUACCGUUGAACUGCGGCGCAGAAUAUUUUGGUCUGCCUACGGCUUGGACAGAUUCAUGGCUCUCAACAUGGGUCGCCCCCUCGGAAUUCAGGACGCUGAUAUUGAUGUGGAGCUUCCCAUGGACAUCGACUUCGCCGAAAGCGACGACACUGCGUUGAGGGAAAUGUCAGAGAAGGAAUUGCAUGCAUCCACGGCACCAUCUCCCUCCGAGGAACAAUUUCGUAUAGCAAAACCUAUUACUACGAUGACGUCUGCCUUGCAUAUCAUCAAGUGUCGACAGAUUGAAAGCGAGAUACAGCGACUAAUGUAUCGGGUAGACCGAGUGGAGACUCCCCCUGAGAUGGAGAAUGAGGUUGCCAGAAUUUUGGCCAGAUUAGACCGCUGGAAGGCCAACAUCCCACGCAAAAUUGAGGGUCUCGACCCACCUUCUCCACCGUGCUGCACCCCUGAAUGGUUUUUGUGGCGGUACUACGAGGCGACUUUAUUUUUGCUGAGGCCUCUCACGAUCAAUGCCGACUCCUCUGACCCGCUACUAUCACGUUGUGCUCAUGCCGCUGCUGGUUCUCUUGAGGCCCAACGCAAACUCCACCAAGUCCCACCAGUCAGCCUCUCCCUUUCUGCCCUCCACUCAGUCUUUCUGUCAGGUUUGACCCUUUUGCAUUGCUUACACCUCGAUCCCCGCGUCGUUACUCGUGCAUCGGCAAAUAAGGCCAUACGCGCGUGUUCGAAUACACUAUUUUUGUAUGCCCAGCAUUUUGUCGCAGCUGAGCCCUUCCGUGAUGCAUUCGAGGAUAUGGCAAAUGCCUGUUUGGAUAAGGCGGAACAAGGUGAUGGAGACAGCAUGGGUAUGGAUAUCGCCGGUGAAGGCCUUUCUGCGAGAAUAGAAAAAGAAGUAUCUUCCAAGCUCGACGUAGAUCUGAUAGACGCUGCCGACGAUGUCAACGAUGCUUCAAUUCCGGGCCCUCUUUGGGGGAAGCAAUUGGGCAAUAUGUCUAAGUUGAUGACGGAGGACCAAAGAGAGAACUUUUAUGCCCUAGUUUCUUCGCUUGGAUUCCUUACGCCCACUACUGACGUACCGACGAGUCCAAAUUCGCAAACAAAUUUCUGCGGUAAUUCUUCGCCAUUGUCGAAUGUUGAUCAAGAUUCCAAAAGGAUCUUGUUAAGCGCUCGGGAUUCAAAACCAUCUGCAGAUAUAAGAUGGUCGCAUUCCAAGUCGACGACAAGCGCCUCGAUGUUCAGGUCUGCCACAAAGGUGCUUUACCAGGCAGAGGGUCCUUAUUGGUGA